AUGAAUAAACUCUUAAAACCAGUAAGAUCAUCCUCCAGAUUAAUUUCUAACUUGCUUAGAGGUUGUGCAAACAAGAACAAAUUAACAUUCUUUGUUCCACCAUUCCAAUAUUCAAAAUUUUCAAUCUUUAACUCAUCCAAUAAAAAAUUCAACACUUGGAAAACUGUCAAUCAACAACAUGCAUCCUCUUUGAUGAGAAGAUUCCAUACUAAUCAUGUUGCAAGAGAACCAGUGAUAACAAUUGCAGCGAGCAAACUUCGAACAAGCUACACCAGUAAUUUAUUUGUAUUAUGUUUAAUGGUUUCCUCGUUCUUGCUUGUGUUUUGGUAUUGGGACAAAGAAAGGGAUGGUGUUUUCUUUCAAAUUAUUAAUUCUGAAUUUUUGGAUGAAAAGAUAUGGAAAGAAACUCUUGAAAAUGGUCAAUCACAACCAUUUGUAAAGCUAAAUGGUAAAAUAUUGUUGAAAAAUUCAAAAACUCCUAUUAGCUCAUUCAACAAGAAACCAUUAGAAACCAGCCCAAUAGGUUCAGACGAAAUUCUCUUAAUUCACUAUUUUCUUACUUGCUAUAAUAGAAGUCCAGGAAGAAAUUUCGAUUAUUCCACUCACAAUUUUUAUAUUAUCAGAAACAAUCCAAUGGUUAUGAAAUUUAUAGAUCCUACCAAUCCCUCAAGGGAAAUAAUUGUCGAUUUCUACAUGCACACUAAUUUGAUUGGAACAAGAGAUGGAAAAAUUCAAGAAAACGAAACUCUUGUCAGCCUCAAUAAUGAAAGAGUUAUUGCAGGUGGAAUUGACAAGUUUUUAGAUGAGAUAGAUGACACUGUCAGAAGACUCAAUUCAAAAGAGAAAAAUGGUUGGAGUUGGAAAAACUAUGUCACUAUCAAUAAUCAACAUUUGCAAGAAAAUGUUCUCAGGAAUGGAAAGUUAUCAUUCGUUGGAGGUCAAUUUAGAGUUGGAAAAAGAGGAAACUUGGAAUUUCAUUGCUCUCUGAUUUCUCAAAAACCAGAAAAAGAUUUAUUACAAGAACUCCCUGUAAAGUGGUAUGAAAAAUUCUGA